CGUUCCAGAGAGAAAAGACCGAGGGAGAAUGUUGAGGAGGAAGAUCUUGAGGAGGCAGAAGAGGACAUACAUACCUACAUAGAUUCUGCAGCGCGCACUUUGGUCAUUAUAUAUUCUUCGUCGUUUCAGCGCCGGCCAAGUUGCUUUUGCUGUCCAGGUGCAUCAUCUUGGUAUCGGUCAGAAUGACAAAGAAGGUGCUGGAGAAGCUUCUACGAAAUCCUCGGUUGAUGAGCAUGCAGCAGAAGAAGAACUUCCCUUGCUUCAUGGAAAUGAUGACCUAUAUGUCAGCUCUGAAAAAUUACAACUUUGACGAUGAUAAAUGUGCAGGUGCGAGAGCUGAGCUCGAGCUCUGCGUUGAGACACAGGCUAAACAGGAGAAAAGGCGUGACACGUUUAACUAUCAUCUUCAGCGCAUCGGGAGGAUGAUGAGAACUUGAUGAAGAAUUCAAUUGCAGGAUUUGCAGUUCAUUUCAAAAGUCAAAUACGGUGAAAUACCAUUUUUUUCAGGCUUCCAAGUGCUCAUCCGUUUUUUUGGGCAUAUACGUUUCGUCAAACUGAAACUGGAGAAAUCAGAAAUUCUCUUCAAGCUUCAAAGCG